AUGACAGUCAAGGCAGAGCAAGAUUUAUACCUUGACCCCUCUAUCAGGGACUGGGUCCUGAUACCUAUCACCCUAAUUAUGGUGCUGGUUGGUGUAUUGCGUCACUAUGUCACUCUUCUCCUCAAUUCACCACCUAAGAAACAGCCUGCCGCAGCUGUUAGAGAACAACGGGCAUUAGGUCGAGCAGCUUUGCUUCGAGCUACUGCACCAUUAUCACCACUUCCUCCCACACAAUACCGCUCCUUCUCCACCUCCUUUGCGGCAGCUCUAUCUUCAGGCGAAUACCUCAAACCGACACCAAAGAAAGAAGGGGAUGAUGCGACUCCGGCGAACCCAUUCGACAAUGGUCAGAUGGAUACUAUGAUGGAAGGUAUGAAGAAACAAGGUGUCAUGAUGGUACCAAACAUGGUCAUCAUGCAAUACAUCAACGUGUUCUUCUCUGGAUUUGUAUUGAUGAGAUUGCCAUUCCCCUUAACUGCCGGGUUCAAGUCCCUCUUAUCGAGAGAUAUUCCUAUGCCUGACUUGGAUGUCAGAUGGGUCUCGGCAUUAUCCUGGUACUUCCUCAAUCUGUUCGGUUUGAAUGGUGUAUUCAGACUUAUCCUAGGUUCGAAUAACUCUGCCGUCGACGCACGAGAUCCGUCGGCCAUGUCAUCUCUAUCAGGGGCAGGCGCAGGGAUGAUGGGUGGACCAGGUCAGCCAGACAUGUCCAAAUUAUUCAAGAGCGAGGUCGAAAAUCUAGCAUUGGCAGAAGGGAUGUAUAAAUGGGUUGGAGAAGGCAUAGAGGAUAGAAUAUUGAAGAGUUUCAACAAGUUAUAG